AUGGUAGAUAUCGCCGAAGCUCUACCAUCCACACCAACAUCCCUAUCAAUUCCAUCCACCACCGACGAGGCUCUUCGGAAAUUCAAGUGUCCCGAGUGCACGAAGGCGUUCAAAUUCAAGCAUCAUCUCAAGGAACACAUUCGAAUUCAUUCGGGCGAGAAACCAUUCGAGUGCCAACAGUGUCAUAAACGAUUCUCGCAUUCCGGAUCGUACUCCUCGCAUAUGAGCAGUAAGAAGUGUGUACAAACGGCAUCGCCAUCAAUGGUCACUCCCUUCAAUCCAUAUCAACUGAUGAUGUAUCGAAAUCUUAUGCUUCAAUUGCAAACUCCUCAAGUGUCUUUCCUGCCUCAAGCCAAUAAUAUGGAAAAUGCUUAUAUGAGUCUCCUCCAGGCGAAUAUUCUUCAGAAUUUGGAAAACGGAGGCUCCCCAACCGCCACUUCUCCACCAUCUUCUGUACAAGAACCAUCAACCCCUGAGCCAAAAGUCGAGGUGGUCGAUGAGCCGGAAGAGGGGUCCACAACGGCAGAAAAGACUCCAGAAGAAGCAGAAGUUGUUGUGAAAUCAGAAGAGGUAUCGGUCUCAGAAGAAUCCGUAACUCCUGCUGUUUCGGUAUCGGUAUCAGUGUCAGUGUCACCAACACUGGAACAAAAUGGGAAUGACCUGAUUGUAAAUGGAUCAGACGGAAAAGCAUCCCCAGAUUGGAGGCCAUUGAGAUCCAGAAGCUUCUUGAAUGACUCUCAGGUAGCCAUUCUUCAAAACCAUUUCAAGCGUAAUCCCUUCCCAUCAAAGUACGAGCUGUCCGCUGUAGCCGAACAAAUCGGAGUGAAUAAGCGAGUUGUUCAGGUCUGGUUCCAAAACACCCGAGCCAAGGAACGACGCAGCAAUCGUCUGCCGAGCAUGCCACGUGGGUCGUCUGCCAUGGCGCCAACCUCACCUACAGUAUGGCAAACGCCAGCACAGCUCAUGGCCGUCUGGGCUCAACAGUGCCUUCAGAAUGGGAACAAUAGCCUGAGCAGCAAUUCUCAGGACGAAUCAUCCGUACUACGCAACAACGAGAAUAGGGUAGCUGACGAGGAGGUGAUGGAUCACGAUGGUCUUCUCGGUUCAAAAGAUGGCAAAGAGACACCUCUGGAUUUGACACUUUCCACGGAGGAUACAGAACCUGAAUGGUCUCCAGAGAAGCUUAUUGGAUUUCUCGAUCAGACUGGUGGAGUGAUCCAGGAGUUGUUGAGGCAGGCUGGAAAUGGAUUCGUGACGAAUCAAGAGGAAGAGGAGGAGAAGCCAGUGAAAGCAGAGGAAAGUCCAGUAUCGAGCACUUCUUCAUCGAUUUGGCCAUCGUUUAUUGGACAGUAUCCAUCGAUCCUGGAUUCUGCAAGUCUUUCAGCGUUGGAGAAAGCAUUAGAUCAACAAAAAUCCUCCGAAGACGACGCUUCCUCCCUAUGCUCCAACGAAUCGAAGCUUCUGAAAUUCUCCUCGACACCGCUGAAAGAGGAAGAAGGCUUGUUCUCGUGCGACCAGUGCGACAAGGUGUUCGGAAAGCAAAGUUCGCUGGCUCGACACAAAUAUGAGCAUUCUGGCCAACGCCCGUACAAAUGCGACAUCUGUGAAAAGGCGUUCAAGCACAAGCACCAUCUCACCGAGCACAAACGUCUACACUCUGGCGAGAAACCAUUCCAAUGUGACAAGUGUCUCAAACGAUUCUCCCAUUCCGGAAGCUACAGUCAGCACAUGAACCACCGAUACUCGUACUGCAAACCGUACAGGGAGCAACCGGGAGCCACGUCACCAAAAUCUGACGUUCUCAAUGGAAGUCUGACUGUUAGCCCAUCCUCUUCGAACACGCCACCCCCAAAUUGA